AUGGGGAGAACUCAAAGGAAGCGAAGACACAAAAGCUUAUUGAAUUUCUUCACGUGCAAUAAUGAAAAGGAUUUGAUAUUAUUCAACUCAUGGCUCUCGAAACAAGGUGUUCGUUAUAAUAAAAAGCUUGUGCUAGCUAUAUUUAAUGAUACCGGUCGAGGUGUUCUUACGAAAAAGAAAAUUAAUGCGGGAGAAGAACUUAUUAAUUUACCACUUAAUUUAACUAUAAAUGUGACUAGUUUACUAAUGGAUGUUGUAUUUUGUAGUAUAUUUUUAAAUAACAAAGUUCCAUGCUUAGAGUCAUAUAGAAGAAAAGUGUCAUUCCAGUCAUUAAUGGCAUUUUAUUUAGUAUAUUUAAAAGCACAGGGAGUUGAAUCAAAAUGGCACAUUUAUCUAGAAAGUUUGCCUAAAGUAUAUACUGUUCCUUAUUUUUUACCAUUAGAUAUGAAAUGCUAUAUAGAUGAAGAAAUACUAUCUGUGAUUAAGAAACAAAGAAAUAUUAUUGAGAGUUCAUUUAAUAUUUUUGAGGAUAUUUUACAGAAAACUAUAAGUAAUAGCAGUCCAGUACAAAAUUUAGAAAAAUAUUUUACAAUGCCUCAUUAUGAAUGGGCAUAUUUCACAGUGAAUACAAGAUGUGUGUAUAUGGAUUUAACAAAAGUAAUUGAUUUAGAUGAUGUUAAUAGUUCUAUCUUGUCAUUAAUUCAUGACAAUACCAAAAUAUCUUUAUGCCCAUACUUGGAUAUGAUCAACCAUAGUCCAAAUACAAAAAAUGAAACAAAACUCUUUGUUAACAAAGAAGUGGUUAAUAUACCAUCUGUUGUCAAUGUCAAUGUGCAAACAACCAUGGCGGCGGCACUUCUGUCCAAUAGAAAAAUUGAUAAAAUAUUAAAAAGUCACAUAAAAUUCACCAAAUUUUUCUUAAACAAUAGAUCAGUGAUUCUAAAUAAACCUUAUAUUAGUAUAAUUUGUAAUCAAUGUGCUGCCACAAGCUAUUACAGGUUUUAUUCUUCAUCUCCGCCAAGCAAUGCUGGACAAGAUUCAGCCAAAAAUGUUUUGGCGGCGGUUUUGGCUAACAAGCCAAAAACUGGGAAAAUUCCAGUUGGGAUACAAAAGAGAGACUGCUUUCAUCCAGGCGCCUCUGUUUUGAAUCGUGAAGAUAUAAACUUGGGGGAUGCGAAGCCGGUUACUGGAAUGGACAUGGUGAGAGGGAUGAUGGCAUAUGUGUGGCCAAAGGACAAUAAAAUGAUAAGGGAUCGUGUAAUGGUCUCCCUCUCACUGUUGUUUGGAGCUAAAGUGAUGAAUGUGACGGUGCCUUUUCUAUUCAAAUAUGCAGUGGACGAAGUGAACCAGCUAACAGUAACACCGACAGGCGAAGCGUUACUUGGCAUGGCUACUGUGCCGCAGGCCAUUGGAACGACAGCCUUCAGUUUGUUAGUAGGGUAUGGUAUAGCCCGAGCCACAGCAGCGGGUUUCAACGAGUUAAGGAAUGCAGUAUUUGCGAAGGUCGCUCAACAUUCCAUAAGGAAGUUAGCGUGUAAUGUUUUCACGCAUUUACAUAAUCUCGACCUUAGCUUCCAUUUGGGAAGACAGACUGGUGCUUUGUCUAAGACGAUAGAUAGAGGUUCGAGAGCAAUAAACUUCGUGCUGUCCGCCAUGGUGUUCAACAUCGUGCCGACGAUAUUUGAGCUGUCCCUAGUUUCUAUGAUUUUGGGAAUUAAAGGGGGAUUGGCUUUCGCAGGUGUCGCAUUCAGUUGUGUUGGCGUGUACGCGGCGUUCACUCUCGCCAUCACACAAUGGCGGACUAAGUUCAGGGUUUACAUGAACAAAGCUGAAAACGAAGCCGGGAAUAAAGCUGUGGAUUCGUUGAUUAACUAUGAAACUGUUAAAUACUUCAACAACGAGCAGUACGAGCUGGCCAAGUACGACGCGAGCCUGCGCGCGUACGAGGCGGCGUCGCUGCGCACCGCCUCCAGCCUCGCCGCGCUCAACUUCGGCCAGCACGCCAUCUUCAGCGCCGGCCUCAGCGUCAUCAUGGUCAUGGCCGCCAACGAGGUCGCUAAAGGCAACAUGUCGGUGGGCGACAUCGUGAUGGUGAACGGGCUGCUGUUCCAGCUGUCGGUGCCGCUGGGCUUCCUGGGCUCCGUGUACCGCGAGGUGCGGCAGGCGCUCGUCGACAUGCACACCAUGUUCACGCUCAUGACGCUGGAGUCGCGCGUGCGGGAAAAGGAGCAAGCGCCCAAACUGAACGUGGACACCAAGACGGCCACCAUCGAGUUCAAGGACGUGAGCUUCCGGUACAUCAACGGCAAGCCCAUCUUCAACGGGCUGAGCUUCUCCAUCCCCGCGGGGAGGAAGGUCGGCAUCGUGGGCGGCUCCGGCAGCGGUAAAUCCACGAUGGUGCGUCUGCUGUUCCGAUUCUUCGAGCCGCAGUGCGGGGAGAUCACGAUAGCCGGACAGAACAUCAAGGACUUGGACAUCGCCAGUUUGCGGAAAGCCAUUGCUAUCGUGCCACAGGACUGUGUCCUUUUCCAUGACACAAUAUUCCACAACCUUCACUACGGAGAUCUGUCUAAGAGCGAGGAGGAAGUGUACAAAGCGAGCAAAAUGGCGGAGCUGCACGACUCCGUCGUCACUUGGCCUAAGGGCUACGCGACGCAGGUGGGCGAGCGCGGGCUGAAGCUGUCGGGCGGCGAGAAGCAGCGCGUGGCCAUCGCGCGCGCCAUACUCAAGGACUCGCCCAUCAUCGUGUUCGACGAGGCCACCUCCAGCCUGGACUCGCUCACUGAACAUGCCAUCCUACAAGCCCUGAAGGCAGCAACAGUGGGACGUACAUCAAUAUGUAUAGCCCAUAGACUAUCAACUGUAGCGGAUGCAGAUGAAAUAUUGGUACUGGAAAAUGGUGCCAUAUCUGAAAGAGGAACACAUGCACAGUUAAUAAAUAACAAAUCCUCAUUGUAUUAUAGGUUAUGGGAGAAACAGAAUAAGGAUCCGGUACCAAAAUUG